AUGGCUGCUACUAAACAGCUGAGAAAAGAGAACGAAGAAUUACGAGAGGAAAUUACUCAACUUAAAGAGAAACUAGAUGAAAUAUCGCUUGGUCUGAAAGUGGCGUCUCAAAAGGGCACAACAACACUCGAUCAAACUAAAUCAAUUGAAUUCUUGAGCAAUCAGCAUGACGAUUUUGUGAAAUUUACGACUACGGCAAUGAAGGAUAUCAGGGAGAUAACGACGAGAUUAGAUAAAAUCGAGAAAAAAUGUGACUCGAUAACACAAGCCGUCGAUGAUAUAGAGUCCUACAGCUACCGAUAUAAUAUAAAGAUACACGGCGUACCGAUGACUGCAGAAAACGAAUCAAGUGGGCAAACAACGAAUCUGUGCCUAAAGCUUUUUGCAGCGAUUGGAGUCAGUGAUUGUACAAUCCAGGACAUUGAUAUUGCUCAUCGUCUGCCCGCUCGAAAUCCUUCGAGUCGACCUAACGCUAUAGUGUGUAAAUUUACCCGAAGAAUUGUAAAGGAACGAAUUAUGGCUGCAAGAAAGCAAUUAUCGAAUGUCUCAGCAAGUCAGCUAGAUCUUCCAGGCAGUGCGCCAUUGAAUAGAUUAAGCAUCUAUGACCAUCUAACACCGAAGCAACAAAACUUAUUUUACGAGGCGAAGAAGUACAGGGAAGUAAAGCAAUAUAAAUACUGUUGGGUGAAACAGGGCGUCAUUUUUCUUCGCAAGAAUGAUAGUUCUACAGUCAUAAAGUUAAACAAGCUAGAAGAUCUUACAUCUCUACAAUAA